CGGUAAACAAAGUUCAGCUGAUUGGUCCCAGAUGUGAACACGAGUUUGCAGCUGCAGCACGGAGGCGUCCUCUGUGCAGAGCAGAAACACGAGCCUGGAUGUUCAGGCUGUGGAGCAGCGUUCACUCCGGGGCGGAGGUCCUCUGGAGGAGUCCCAGUAAGUAAUGCUAGCUGUUCUCUGAUUGGCCGAUCCCUGACACCUGCAUCAAGAUGGCUCACCUGUUCCUCGCCAGCAAGAUCACAAUGCCCGAUGACCUCCACAGCAAAGGCGGUGGCGGCAGGGUCCCCCGGAGCGCCAUGAAGGUGCCGCCGUCCAUCUCCGCCGAGAAGCUGAGCCGGGACAAGCCCAGGAAGGAUCGUAGAGUUGUCGUGACAACACACGUCCCGCAUGUCAACGAAGUCCAGCUCACAGCGGCGACGGGCGGCGCCGAGAUGUCCUGCUACCGCUGCACCAUCCCGUUCGGCGUGGUGGUCCUCAUCGCCGGCAUUGUGGUGACGGCGGUGGCCUACACCUUCAACUCCCACGGGUCCACCAUCACGGUGCUGGGACUGGUGCUGCUGUCUGUCGGGCUGGGGCUGCUGGGCGCCAGCGCCACCUGCUGGAAGGUCCGACAGAAGAAGAAAAAGGACAAGCGACGGGAGAGCCAGACCGCCCUCAUGGCGAGCCACGGGUACUGCGUGGUCUGAGCGCAGACUUCUGAAGGGAAUAACGAACAGACGCUUUACAAACUGCAGAGACUCGCCGUUUCCUCCUGCAGCUGCCGCUGAUGUUACCGGCGAGCAGAGCGAAGGACGCGUCUCGGACAUUAAUGAUGGAGACGCCUUCAUCAGCUGGAGGAUGAGGAACAGCUUGCUUUAGUGCCGACACUAAGACAUAAAUAACACGUCAUUCAUUUUACAAAUAUGCUGAUAAACCAGUUUUUCAAGCAGAAUAUUUUCAGG